AUUUUGCGGUACACAUGUCAAAAUAGUUUGAAAAUGCAAUUCAAUUUUUUACAUCAUCUUACUUCUAAAUAGUACAAACAUUUGCAAACUAUUUUAUGUCAACGCUGAGAGUCAUUCAUUGCACGCCCAAUGAAAGUGAGAAUGGCACCCAUUGCAUACAGAAAGGAUCCGAUUGCACAUGUAAAACGCACCAUUUAAAAAUGACACCAAUCGAAAGUACACCAAACCAAACUGAGAAUACAAGCCAUUGCAGUUGCCAUAAAACUGUAAAUAAAAAUGAAGAGAUAAUGUCAAAGUCUCUGAACGAUUCAGAAAAUUGGGAUGACAUUUUACAAUAUACGAUUAUAGGCUGUGGUUGGCACCAUGGAAACUCAACACUCUGUAAAGAAGGAAUAAGACUUGUUGCGCUCUGUGAUCACAGUUGCAAUUGCCAUGCUUCCAUGAGCGUAUAUGAUGCGGAAACAAAGAACCAAAACUACUGGAAUUUUGCAAACCAUUUGAAAUCACGAAAGGUCACUGUACUUUUUGGGGGUUUUAGAGAAUAUUCAAAAGAAUUCGCAAAUGAUUUGAAGGGUCGCAUUCGAAGUGGUUCUAUUAUUUAUAUAAACUGGGACGAGCGUAAUAGCUAUGUCAUGUCUAAUUAUCCGCGUGUGGCACAGGAAGUCCCAUUUGUUGGUCAUUGGGCAGGAUACAUGAUAGAAAAAUUAGCUAAUGAUAACAAAUUAGAUGUAUCAUCCAUGGUUGGCGUCGGACACAGUUUAGGUGCUCACAUAAUUGGAAACAUGGGAAAUUAUUUGCGUGAAAAAAAUAUGAAAAUGGCACAUAUAAUUGCGUUAGAUCCGGCAGCACCAUGCUUUGAAGAUAAACUACAAAUUCGCCCAGUUUAUAAAAUCGAUGCCAACGUUGUACAAGUGAUUCACACCAAUUCCGGCUUUUUCGGGUAUAGAAAAAAAAUCGGCCACAUUGAUAUCUACCCAAAUGGUGGAGAUGGCCAACCGAAUUGCUGGACAAAUACAUGUUACCAUAGAUAUGCCGUUAUUGGAUUAUUGGAUUAUUGGAUUUGAACGGGGAGUGUACUGUUCUAAAUGAAUACAAAGUAAAACUCGUUGCUCAGGUUUCACAACCUAUUGCAAGACGCCCGUGUGUGUAGUAUGAUACACGAAAUAGUCUUUAUCCAAAAAUAUGUACGAGACAUGGAUUUUGUUCACAUGCCCGCUUGAAAAAUUGUACCAGUCUGAAUACGUUAGGUGCAUGAAUCAUCUGGUAGGAUCUCCAUCCAGUGAACCUGUCCCUAAUUUCAUUCAGCCUUGAACAUCUGUCUACAAGAUGGGAUGUUGUUUCCACCUAGCACCUAGGCUAUCGGUGAAGAUCGCAAUGUUACCCUCCACUCUGUGGAUAUGCCGUUAAAUUGUUCCAACAAUAUAAUAUUAAAGCAUAUCAUUCUUGUUGCUGGCACCACUACCACUACCAUAACAAUUAUUAGUAUGAAAUUAAUAUUGGUCUUGAUUUACCUCAUUUGACUGACGAUUCCUUGAAUUGUGAGAAAUCAUAUUAUUUGAAUUCACCGUGGAUUGCUUAAUUCAUUUGAAUGGGUUAAAAUAAUGUCGAUCUCGAAUUUCAUUGAAAAUAAAACAUCAAGAUAAAGUUUUUUUUAUUUGGACUUGCUGUUGUAGUUUGUUGUCAAGUCCAUGCGAGAAAAACAUUCGAUUGAGUCUUCAUUAUUCUUAACCAUUUAAAUUAAAAAUUUAGACAUUGUACACUGAGUUCAACAUAACUUUAUUUAUUUAAAAAAAAUGCAAAUAAAUCAAAAUCAGACAUUAAAGGUUUCCCUUAGAAAAUUAAUUCAUUUA